AUGGUCAUCUCAGCCAUAAAUCACACCACCCUGCUUGCCUGUUCGGAACUUUUACAAGACUACAGAGCAGGUAUAUACUGCAGAUUAUAUUGCUACGCACAAAAGCACGUAAAAAACAUUCGUGCAAUAACAAGACCUAUCGAUCUUCCAGAAGGAGCAAAUUCAAAGAAGAAAAGUAUCAAACACAAAAAUAAAGCUCUCCACAUUCAAAUGCACAAUCAUCACAGUUCACCAUAUCACGUAAGCGAUCAUAAAGCAGCCAUCACCGUUGGAAUAAUAAUGGGUGUAUUCCUAAUCUGUUGGGUACCAUUCUUCUGUAUCAACAUCGUAGCGGCUUUUUGCAAAACUUGCAUUCCCGACAUCACCUUUAAAAUACUGACAUGGCUCGGUUACUCAAAUUCGGCCUUCAAUCCGAUCAUCUAUUCGAUAUUUAAUACGGAAUUUCGAGAGGCUUUUAAACGAAUCUUAACAGCUCACUACCCCGUUUGGUGUAAAUGCGGAUAUCAAUCGGUGGCUCUCAACACAAACGAUAAAUUUAUAACCGAUUAUGGUACAAAAACGGUUAUUGUAAACGCGAAAAGAAAUGGUUCUUUCGGAGAGUUUUCAAGUGAACAUUUGAGUACCACCGAAUCUGUUAGACAUACCAGGGUUAAUUCGGCCGAAAAGGAUUUCUUUGGAGAAAACACCAGCACCAUUUGACAGGAUGGAAAUUAUUUUAGCGACACCAUGGUGUGAAUAUAAAGAGCAAUAAUCGAGAUGUUUUAAGGCUGUGCUAAGAUGUUUGGAAGAAGAUUAAGUUUGGAAUAAGGGGUCGUAGAUACUCUUAAGGUAUCUAACUUAACCUUUCAGUACACCCGCAUUAGAACUAAUAUUAGAGCUAGAAGUCUUGAGAUGCACGGCUAGUGCUGUACAGGGUGGUUCAAAUUCGAUGUCCGAAUAGGCUAA